AUGGCCGAUGAUGAAAGUUCUUAUGAAUAUGCUUGUCAACGUGCGGAAUUAUUAGGUAUAGAUAAACCAGAUAAAGAAAAUUUUUUAAAGGAAUUAGCUGAGAAAAAGGCACUAAUUGAAAAACAAGAGGACCUAGAAAUCAAACAAUUGAUUGUAAGAAUAUUUUUUAAGGAAUUAGAAAGUCAAAACGAAAAUUUAAAAAAUGUAUCUGGAGGGUUGGAUGAAUUAAAUUCAAUUUUAACAAUAACGCAAAAGAAAAUUAAUCGUUUUAAGACUGCAUGUGGAAGUCUUACCAACUUACUAAAAAUCAAAGUUGGUGGUGAAUCCACAGACAAUAGUCCGUCGCACCAUGCACAAAAUAAUGGAAGUGCUGUUAUUGACAACGAAGAUAACGAACUUAACGAAGACGAAAAUGGCACCCAAUCGGAGCAACAAGAAGAAGAAGACAAUACUGAUCCAUUAACUCAAAUGCAUAAAAAUGUUGGUAAGAAUGUUGAUUCCUCAUUGGAUAAAUUAGAUUCGUUAAUUACAAAGGCUGAACGUGCUCAAUACAGUAUGCAACACCAAAAUAAACAGAUGCGAAGUUUUAUAAGUAAAUAA